UGUGCCAUUUCUUGCUUCAUCUUUGCACUUCUUAACCAAAUAUCCAUAAUGGCCCCUCUACACCGCUGCGCCCCGGCAUUGCGCCAGAUCAGAGCGGCCAACUUCGCCUUCAACCGCGCCGCCAUUGCCCGCACUGCUCCCCGCUCCGUCUUUGCCGGCCAGAGACGCUUCGAAACCACAAAGAACGAGCCCACGACUUCUGCCACCUCAGAACCCCAUCAACCGCAUCCCGACCUUGGAACAAAGGGCCCCGAAGCCCCCGCCCGCAAGAUCAAAUACACUUCCGACUCAUACCCGGACCUCAAGAGAAACCCCAACUUUGCCGAACUCACCCCCGAACACGUCCAAUGGUUCAAGGACACCCUAGGCAACGAGUCUGCUGUCCUCGAUGGCGUCAGCAAGGAUGCUUCGGAGGACAUUGAGCCCUACAACGCCGACUGGAUGCGCAAGUACAAGGGUCACACCAAACUGGUCGUCAAGCCUGGAAACACAGAGGAAGUCAGCAAGGUCUUGAAAUACUGCAAUGACAACAUGCUGGCUGUCGUUCCCCAAGGUGGCAACACCGGUCUUGUUGGUGGAAGUGUUCCCGUCUUCGACGAGAUUGUCAUCAACUUGGCCCGUUUGAACCAGAUCCGCGACUUUGAUGAGGUUUCUGGUAUUUUGGUCGCUGACGCCGGUGUCAUUCUCGAGGUUGCCGACAACUAUCUCGCCGAGAGAAAGCACAUCUUCCCCCUGGACUUGGGUGCCAAGGGUUCAUGUCAGAUCGGUGGUAACGUUGCAACCAACGCUGGUGGUCUCCGUCUUCUGCGUUACGGCAGUCUGCACGGUAACGUCCUUGGAAUUGAGGCCGUUCUUCCCGACGGCACCAUCAUCAACAACUUGUCCAAGUUGCGCAAGGACAACACUGGUUACGACAUCAAGCAGCUCUUCAUUGGUGCUGAGGGAACUAUUGGCAUGAUCACUGCCAUCUCAAUUCUCUGCCCCCAGCGUAGCCAGGCCACGAAUGUCGCCUACUUCGGUCUCGAGUCCUUUGAAAAGGUUCAACAAGCAUUCUCUGAAGCCAAGGGCAUGCUCGGUGAGAUUCUUUCCGCCUUUGAGCUCAUGGACGGCCGCAGUCAGAACUUGUACAAGACCGCUAGCGGCAACGGCCUGCCCCUCGAGAACGAGCACCCCUUUUACUGUCUUGUAGAGACCUCUGGAAGCAACAGCGAUCACGACCAGGAGAAGCUUGAGGCCUUCCUCGAGCACGUCAUGGGCGAGGAGAUUGUGAGCGACGGCGUCGUCGCUCAGGACCAGACCCAGUCUCGUGAGCUUUGGGGCUGCAGAGAAGGUGUUCCUGAACAUCUCGGCCAUUGGGGUGGCGUCUACAAGUACGAUUUGUCCAUUCCCAUCAGCGAGAUGUACGCCUUGGUCGAGGAGACUCGUGAGAGGAUGGACAAGGCCGGUCUCAUCGGUGACACGGACGACUACCCCAUCGUUGACGUUGUUGGAUACGGCCACAUGGGUGAUGCCAACCUUCACCUCAACGUUCCCGUUCGCCGCUACGACAAAGCAGUCGAGAAGGAGCUUGAGCCUUUCGUCUACGAGUGGGUAGCCAAGCGCAGUGGCAGUAUCAGUGCCGAGCACGGUUUGGGUAUCGCCAAGGCACCCUUCAUUGGAUACAGCCGUGACGAGACAAUGAUCAAGCUCAUGCGCCAGAUCAAGGAUCUUUAUGACCCCAAAGGCAUUAUGAACCCAUACAAGUUCCUGUCUGGUUAAACUGACUGGACAGUCUUUGUACAUAUAGUUUCGUUUUUGUCUCGAUCAUUUAGCUUUUUUUGCAUAUGGUAUUUUGUAGAUACCCCCUGGACGAGCUUAUGAGCACGUCUUUUACCAUUCAUAAAAGUUAGGUUCUGUUUCAUCUCCAUGUAUCUCCCAUAAGUCGUGUGAAUAGUCUGUUGUAAAGCAAGAACGUAUUGAUUACCUCGAACUGUCCAGAUGGACGCGACAAUGACACCCCUGGUUUCCCCAUCUUGGUGGAAGCAGCAAGCGAACAUGUUUCCUUCGUCG